GAUAAAUCCUUAACAGGAAAACAAUUUGAUUUAAUCCCAGCAAGAAGUAAGUUUCUAACGAAAUUAUCAGAUUGACUUAUUGUCAAGAUGUUACGAAAAAAGCUUCCAACAUGGAGACGCUACCUCACAGUUGAGCCCGUGAUAUUUUUCUACGCGUAUGGUCUGAUGAUGAGCUUCCCGAUUUUAGGACAGUAUGUGUACAGCGUCAUCAGCAAGUUAAAGGGUUUCCCCUACGAACAGUUGCUGUUACAAAAAGAGGGCCUCGGAUGUCAAGUACACUUCGCUGGUGCAAACAAUACUUUGGGGGAUAUAGAGAAAGAGGUACAAAGUUUGGCAACUAAAAUCAUCACAGGAAACACAUUCUUCUCGACCAUUCCUGCGCUCAUCGUGGCACCAUUUUGGGGUCCCUGGACUGACAAAUCACGGCGGAGAAAACCCGCGCUCCUCGCUCCUGCCAUUGGUGCAUUUCUUGGCAAUGUGGUCAUGCUCAUGGUCAUGUACUUUGAAUGGCCGCUGUACGUGAUGUUUAUCGGCUCGGCGCUUGCUGGACUCUCUGGUUUUCUACCGACCCUCUCCUUAGCAGUAAUGGCGUAUAUUGCUGAUACCACUGAAAAGAACGAAGUUGCUUUUAGGCUUGCCAUCAUGCAGAUGCUUGUCUUCAUGAUAGGUGUCGUGAGCCAGUUAACCAGUGGUUUUUGGAUCCAUAGAUUCGGCUUUAUCGUGCCAACGUGGUUCAGCCUGGGAUGUUAUUUAAUAUGUGGCCUCUGGGUUAUCUUCCUAGUUCCGGAAAGCCACGAGAAAGCCACCCACGAGAAACACAAUUUCUUCGAUAUCAAGAGCUUAAAGGUUCUUGUUAACAUAUUUAGAAAACAAAGGGAAGUCGGAAGGAAAAGUUUGCUUCUACUCGUUUUCGUUGUAGCCAUUCUCACCCUAACGACAAUGGGCCUUGAAGGUGUAACUAAUCUUUUCGUCAUGAGAAGCCCCCUCUGUUUUGGUCCUAAACUCGUUGGGUACUUUUUGGCAUGUAGAAUGUUCUUCGAUGGAUUGGGAGGAGCCGUUGGUGUCAAGUUGCUCGGAAAGUUUUUCAGCGAGUUAACUACAUGCGGGAUAUCAGUUGUCAGUCAGAUUGUUGAGAUGGUUUUCCUGGCGUUCGCAACUCGCACCUGGUUGGUUUUUGCUGCACCAAUACUGGGCUGCUUUAAAGCAUCUGCCUACCCCAUUAUUACGAGUAUUUUGUCACGGAUAGUUGGUGAUGAUGAGCAAGCUUCCUUGUUUUGUACCAUUGGCAUCAUUAAUAUCUUCUCCCUAAACCUGGGCAUGAUGUUCUUCAACAGCGUAUACGAACGCACUCUCCACCUAACAUUCGGAGGUUUCGUGUUCCUUCUAUGCGCCGCCAUAAAGUUAAUUCCUUUCUGUGUCUUCAGCUGCGUACAGGUGCCACCGACCGGAGAGCAUCAGGAAAAAGGAGAAGAAUUGGAACUGAAGGAUGAUGACGAAAAUCGCAAUAAACAGGACGAGAAAUUGCUCAAGGAAAAGGAAAAAGACGAAAACCAAGAAACCAAACAUGAAAAUGGUACGUCGAGGGAAGCCGUCGCGAUUGACCCUGAUGCGAUAGAGCUAAUGAAGCCAACAGAUGAUUUCCUUUACACUACUGUAUGGGCUUUUAGACCUGUUUUGCGACCAACAGGUUGCGGUCACACACGUGAAAACACUAUUGGUGGAGCUUUCAAUUCCUCUUCUGAUUCUCUCUAUCAGAUGUUCUCAACCAUUGUCAUCCAGUUUCUAAAGAAAUAUUUUACGGUGGAACUCGUAAUAUUUUUCUACUUCUACGGGUUUCUUAUGAACCUGCCAGUCCUGACAAUUUACGUGUACGAGCGAAUCAGUGAUGAGAAAGGAUUUCCGUACAAGAACCUCAGCCAAAGCGAUGACGGAAGCGGCUGCGGAGGAGAAGGCCUGGGGCAAAAUUCAACAUUGGGGGAACUGGAAAAUGAGGUGCAAACUCUGGCUUCCCAGCUUGGCAUGACUUACAAUCUUGUCCUAACCCUGCUCUCCCUUGUUGUGGCGCCGCUCUGGGGACCGUGGACUGAUAAUGGCGGCAGAAGAAAACCUGCCUUGCUUGUUGCCAUAUUGGGGGCGUGUCUGGAGAUGGUCAUUACCCUGUUGGUAAUGUAUUUUGACUGGUCAGUGUACGUUUUGAUUGUGGGCGCGGCUUUGAACGGCUUGUCGGGAUUUGCGACAGUUUUGUUCGUCGGAGCAACGGCAUACAUAGCUGACGUUUCCAGCAAAGAAGAAAGAGCUUUUCGGAUUGCGGUGAUGUACAUGCACGUAUUCCUCGCUGGAGUCAUCAGUCAACUGACCAGCGGUCUUUGGAUUCAAAAUGUGGGAUUCAUUCCUUCUGCUUGGUUCAUGUUGGCUUGCUACGUUCUCUCUGGAGUUUGGGCUCUAUUCUGCGUGCGGGAAAUUCCCCGAGGAAACAGCAACGAAAAAAUGGUUGGAUUUUUCAGCAUUGAUAAUAUAAAAUGUUUUAUCAAUGUCUUCCGAAAGCAGAGAAAGGCUGGACGAAAUAAUUUUCUCUUGCUGAUGGUUUGCGAAGGCGUGAUUUUCCUAUCGACCUUGGGCAUUGCUGGCGUAAAAGGGUUGUUUAUUCUGAGAAGUCCUCUUUGUUGGGGCCCACACCUGGUUGGGUAUUAUUUUGCAUUUGAAGGGUUCGUUCAUGGUAUUGGAAGCGUGGUUGGCAUUCACUGCUUCGGACGCUGCUUGAAAGAGUUGAGUGUCGUCCGCAUUAGUUUGGUUUCCGUGAUUCUGGCUUUGGUUAUGUUGGCGUUCUCCGAUCGUACUUGGAUGGUGUUUGUUGCGGUGGUGGUCGGUGUCUUCUACGGAGUAGCUGAUCCAGUUUUGGUGGGAGCAAUGUCGAGAAUAGUGUCAGAUGAAGAGCAAGGUGCCAUGUUUUCUGCUUAUGAGAUGGUCAUUGCAUUGAUGCAGCUAAUAGGUGCCGUGCUCUUCAACACAGUUUACCAGGCAACGCUUUCUCUUUCGUUUCAAGGUCUGGUCUUCCUGUUGUGUGCAGUGUUGAUCCUUAUUCCCUUUGUUCUCGUGAGUUUCAUAGAACUGCCACCUAUCGAGGAAGACGACAAGGUGAAAGAAGAUGACGAGUUAGAGAUGAAACAGGUCCAACAUGCAUCCGGGGAGUAGUACAAACAAUUGCCUUAAGA